AUGUCCAGUGCCCUUCAAACAAACAAGUCGCUGUUUGUCGUCGUCGUCGCCAGUGCCCAGCCAGUAACCUGUGGCAACGGCCAUUAUCCUUUAAAGAACACACGCGGAACGGUGCCGGCACGUUCGGCACAAAUCUGCAGCCUGCGUCGUCUUCCGGUGGCCACCGGUGUCGAGCGUCACGCCACCAUUAUGCGCAACCGGCUGCUGCGGGCACCGGAACACGAGAUGAUUAAUAUUGUGGCAGCACGGCCCACUACCACCACCAAACCGAGCGGCAGCAUACUUAUCACUGUCGGUGCGCAACAGUCCGGGCAAACGUAA